CAGACCAUAGAGCCGAGCGCCAGAGCGGCCGACUCAGCUGGAGGCUAGAGCGACCCUGGAGAUUGCGUUGCCGUGCUGGUUUCCAGGCAACUGUAGUAAACAGACAGUGCGCGGCGCCCAGCGCGGCCGGAGGCCCAGGCACUGAAUGGCUCAGCUGCAACUGGCUGUGUGUCCACCUGUGGAUUCUAUGGUGGCAGCUCCCAGUCUUCCAUUAACAGGGCAGAAGAGAUACCAUCCCAAGACCCUUGGGCACCAGUCCCGGCUAGAACACCUGAAGAACAACUUCCAGCAGCAGCUCUUGCGUGACAAGGAGGAGAAACUGAAGGAUCUUUGCAUCUGCAAAAGCCGGAGUUAUUCCUGCUCUCUCUCUUCUGGGAGCAGCCAGCAGGACUCUGGACAGGGAGGCUUCUACUCUGCUGGACCCCAUAGCAGGUAUCUCACCAGCCAGACCAGUACUUUGCCCUCCAAGCAGGCAGCCAGACGGCGAGAAGGGGUGGACCGGUCCUACCCUCUGAAACCAGUCUUUCACCGCAAAGCUGAGAGUGUUCCAGUGGUCAGCACAAGUCAGCUCAGGAGCUCGCCACCCAUGGCUGAAUCUCCCAGCAAUAGCUCUAGCUCUAGCUCAAAGAAGAGAGGGAAGUUGCCCGCAGCCAGGGCCCAGCCAGCUGUAUUGCCAUCUUCUUUGGCAGCAGAGCAGCGUAAGCAGUCAGCCACCCAUCCAAGCAGGGCAGAGUUGGGUUACAUCCAAAGGCUGGAGGCAGCUGGGCAGAGCCUGGAGGAGGAGAUCCGGAGGAAAGAGGCCCUCCUCAGAGAGAAGCUGAGGAGAACAGAGGAGGAACUCAGGAGGAUCCAGAGAGAGAAGCAGCAGGUGGAGGUGGAAGAGAGAAAGGAGAGAGAGGGUCUGAGGAUGCAAGAGAAGAAAGCAGCAGGGCUUUCUGGGGGGAACAUUUUCAGGGCUACAGCCAGGCCCAGUGAGGGGGACUGUGGUUGGGAGCAGUCUCCAGAGGGUGCCAUGCCCAUGCCAAACAAUACCCACCUUCCCUAUGUGCAGGGCAUAGAAAGACUCAAGAAGGGGCGGCUGGUGGCCAGCAACAGCAAAAUUCAAGAGCACAUGGCUUUGGAGAGCAUGGCCUCCUGUUCAAAGUUGGUCAUGAAACACAGCCAGGAUCCACCUGCAGCAGCCCCCUCAGAACAAGACCCUGCAGCAGAACUGUUACAUUCACAGGAUCCCAUUGGCAGGGAGCAGGGGGAACUAGGAGAAUGUGGCUUCUGUGGGCGUAGGUUUCUCCAUCUCCGGCUGGAGAAGCACAUGAAUGUUUGCAGCAAGAGCCAAGGCUCCAAGAGGAAAGUAUUUGACUCAAGCAUGGCGAGAGCCAGGGGAACCGAGCUGGAGCAAUAUCAGCACUGGAAGGGCAAAAACCCCACCCAGAAUGAGCCACCCAAGAACAACUGGAGACAAAAGCAUGAGUCUUUCAUCCGGACCCUGCGCCAGGCCCGUGAGAUACAGCAUGUGAUCUCCAAAGGGGGGAAGCUCUCAGACCUGCCCCCACUGCCCCCUGUAGAGAACCCAGACUAUAUCUCCUGCCCCCACUGCAACCGCCGCUUUGCACCCAAGGUGGCCGAGAGACAUAUUCCCAAGUGCAAGACCAUCAAGAACCGACCCCCCCCACCACCACAAAGGAGACGUUAAGGAUGACACACUGCAGUGAAUCCCAGCUCUCUUUCUCUCUCAAACUGUCUAGAGGAAGCUUUGUGUCCUCACCAUCCCCCAAGCAGGCUGCUAACUUUUGAGAUAUCCCCAUGUAAAGUGAGUAAGGAGCUCAGGCCCCAUGAACAGAACACUAAAGUGCUUGUACUUUGAGCUGCAGCCAGUGGUUCCUGAGUGUUUGCAGAUAGGUCCGUGAGAGUUUAGGCCACUACCCUACUGCUGCUGGUUCCCAUCCCUUCCCCUUCUACAGCUCUUCACAAGGAGUUCAAGUUCUCUUGAUUGAAGAGAUUGCUGGGUCUUGGUGUGAGUGGGAGGAGAUUACCAUGAUGUCCCUUGUGUAAGGAAUGGGGUUGUUGGUGGGACAGCAGCAAGGGAAGAACCACCAUGGGUGGCUGGUCCUCAGAAACAUGAUUAGCUGCUAUGGGCAGGUGGUGGGGAUGGAAGGCUGAGGGCUCUUUCCUCUGACAUGUAGUAGGACAGUGUGGGGCAGAGGUCAUCCAGAGCUCACAGAUGGAAAGAAGCCCUUUAGUUAGGCACCAACAAUGUGCUCAGCCUUGAAACAGCCACACAAAAAUACCCCUAUGCUGCUGAGAUCAAACUGAUAUUUGUAUGUUAGCACCCUGACUGUGUUGAAGGAAGCACCUGUCUGCAGAACAGCUGGGGAGUGGGCUAGAAUUCUACUGCUGUUUAGCUGCAGAUGCUGGCACAUGAAAGCCCCCAAAGAUCAACUCUCCAGCUUCAUCUGCCAAGCCUGUGUGUGGCGAUCUCUGGGAAGAAGGGGUGGGAGAGAGUUCUCAGCUCCUGCAGUGAGAGGCCUUGUGUGGGAUGAUACAGUAGUUUGGAUAAGUCAGGAAAGGUGGUUUCUUUGCAGAGAGGGGGAAGACAAGACAUUAGCAUGUUGGAACAAUGUACAAACUACAGCUUUCCUUCCCUCUGUUUCUAACAGCCCCUGGAGGCAGAAUCCAGAACUGCUUCCCUCUCUCAGCUGCCUUUUUGUGCUCAGUCCUGUUUAUUUUCUGCAUUGGUUUUGAGCUGAACAAUGAAAAACGGAGCAGGCAGGCUCAUUCCAUGCUUCUCCUGCAAUAGCUCACAGGAGGAUUUAUUUAACUUGUUUCCACAGGAAUUCAUGAAAAUCCUGGGACUGUUUCUAUUGGACUUUGGGUCAGUAACAUUUUGCUUUUCAACAUCCAAAAACCUUAAUUUUGUGCCAUGUUUGACAUAGCAUCUCUUUCAUCAGAAGAGCAGAUUGGGGAGGAGGACCCAUAAAAUGCUGCUUCAGCACAAGAAUUCCUUGGGGCAGAAGGCUUGCAGAGGGGCCUCAUCGUAGCAGAGAAGCUAUGCACGACCAGCCACUUACUGAGUAUUUGGAGAGGCACCUUUCAGCCCAAGUUCCAGCAUCAGUUCCAGCAUCAACUGUGGAAUGGUAAAGACUCCUAGAGCUGGGUCAGGGCCUUUAGGCAACAGGGUGACUGUUACAAAGGGAUUACUUACCAGGUGCACAAACUUGGACUCAGCUGCAAGGUUCUUUCCAGCCUCAGUUUUCCAUGGAGAGCAUCCAGGCUGGCAGAUGUCUUUAGGCCCCAUGUAAGUAGCAGGUUGUUCAAUACUAACGAAGUCCUAGCAGGUGGGUCACAAGCAGUGUAGGGAUACCAAUGGAAGAACAAGUAAUUCACGAGAGGAGAAAAUGAACAAAAAAAAGCCCAGUAGCUUUUUCUUCAAGGCCCACGGUGAUCCUGCCCCAACUCAGCACAGCCUGGGGAAGAUACACGGGCCAGAUUUAACUAGGCUUAGUCAGAGGCUGGAUAUGUGGAAAUAGUCCUUGAUUGUGAGGUGUGUAAUAGUCUCCCAAGGAAGUAGGAGACCUCCUGUCCCCAAGAUAAGUGAGCAAAGCCCCCUCCCUUGGGACACUAGGGUAGUUCUCAAAGACCCCAAUUAGGGUUAAAGCUGCAUGGUGCUGGGCACUGUACAAGUAUUGAAGAGCUUACAGCCUAGGAAGAAAUAUUAAAAUCCAGACACGGGGUCUGAAAUGGGUUCAACAUACAUGCAGAGUGAUCAUGGGAGGCUGGGCACACGGCUUAGUAACUCCAUUUCUGGUUUUAUUAUUAUGGGGUAGCAGUGAGGUCACAGGAAGGCAGGAGAGGAGUAAAUAGCAAGAAAAUGGGAAAGGGGGGAGAGUGGAAAUUCAUCUGAACUGAUGGAUAAAUGAAUGUUUAAAAUGAACUAAACAUGAAACAAGUUUAAGAAAAUCAGUACAGUAAGCCCUGUGAUGUGUUUAUAUUUAUUAAAUCCAAUUUUACACCGUCCUCACCCUGUUCUCAAUGUGCCAAAGGCUGUUGGUGUCAGCAAUGCUGAUCUGCAUCACAGAAGUCAGCAGGGGAAGUUGGUGAGGACAAUGGAGCUUUUAGCUCUUGGGAAGUUGUGGGAGGCAGUUUGGGAUUGUGGGAUAAACACAUUCACUGCAAAUUUCUGCUAAAAUAAUGAGCAGAUUAAAUAGCUAAUGUUGACAUUGAAGUUGUAAGUCAAAUUGUCUGCUAGGGUUACACUACUGAAGUCAAUGAAAUUAUGCCAGGAGAUAAUUGGCUUGCCAUCUUUAUGUUUCAGAGUCAACAAUGGGCAGUUCACUGCUCUUGUUGAGCUAUUGUUUCAGUUCAUCUGCAGACUCAGGCAGGCACACCGACACCACAGAAUACAGGAGGCCCUGAUUAAAACCUCCAGAGAAGUAAGGGAGAAUCAGAGUUUUUAUGUUCUCUGUUUGUACAGCACCCAGCACAAUGGGACCUUGAUCCAUGACUGAUGCUCUGGUAAUGCAAAUAUAUCAUCAGAACAGGCAGCAGUGCCGCUUAUUAAAACUGCUGAAUAGGUGACUGUGGGAGACUUAACACUCCAGUAAAAGCUGUUCUAAGAGAACCAGGAUUUUGUUCCGUUGGAGCCCAUCUCUUCCUGCUGCUCAUACCCCACGUGGUACCACUGGAGCUGUGGUAAAAACGGUAUCCUCAUCAGGAAAAGAAGCAGCAUCAAGAGAUCAGGUCUCUCGUGGAACACACAGCCUCUUUUCAUGUAGAUGUCCCUCGUAAUGCAAAACUUGCCACUUUUUCACAGCAAUAAACCUUCCCCUAAGCUGAGUGCGUGCACACUUUCCCCACACCUCUUGGUGAAAUGAGAACACAGGAGACCCUGCUCCAACAGGAACCUGCCCUGACUCAAUAUUCUGCCUGGAGGAGAGGUGGGAAUAUGCAGAGAGACAGGACGCACUGGAGAAUUAGUUUAAACAUUUAUUUAAACAAACUACAAACCACUCCAUUCUUUAUUCUUUCAAAGAAAGACAAUGACAAACUAGUUAUUCUGCCAGUGUCAGAGCAGGCAUAAGUCGUGUUCCACUAUAACAACUCAAUAGCAAAACUAGCAAAAGACUGACAUGUGGGAGCUAGCAAUGCAAAUAGGGGAGAAGUAGAAAGGGUUUUGAAACUGUUCAAAGGCACUUCUGCCCACUUGCCCUUCACUUUCCAUCCCAAAACAUGGUGCUGGGUUUAAACUGCUUUUUUGGUUGCAUAGCUAGCUGGUGUGAAAAUCAGUGGUCUUUAAUAGGCACAACUUGGAUAGCAUGAAUCCUCUAAGGCACAUAUGUGGUUGUGGAGCACAGGACACCCUCUGCCAGGGAUCUGAAUCCUCUACUAGAUCCCAAGGGGAAUCCAGUCUUCCCAACUGCAAAGCAUUGAGAAAUGAGGAUAGCAGUGCACUGCAGAAGAGCGACUCCCAUCAGCUUGGUGCUCGCUUAUUGGACAUGGCUUAGGCUUAGCACCUCACUCCUUCUCAAAGCCACUGCUGCAACAUGACAGACUCCAUCUCCACUGCAGCAACAGAAUUCUUAUGCUGAAACUCCUAACCUGAGAACUAGCUCCAAUGCAUAUGGGAGAAGAGAGGGCACUGUCCCCAACAGUAACCAAGCAACCCUUGAACUCCUGGCAUUCAAGACCCUACAUUGGGGCUGUCUCCCUCCUUCCCUCCCUACAAUGAUAAGGACAGCCAGACUGAGGUCUAACUGCCCAGGUUGCUGCCCAGAACAGACUGCAUUUGAUUCAGCUCUAGAAUACUACAGUGAUAGGCACUAGAGAAGAUCCUAAAAGACAGGACGCUUUGGCAUCUGUCCCCAGACAGAGGAUUUCAUCAAGAAAAAUGUUAGCACCCUUAAACAGUCCCCACAAGGGAAGAAAAGUCUAAGGCAGGUGAAACAGCUCUCAUUGAAAGAUUCAAGGCAACACUAGAGACACCCUGGUGAUGGGGACAGUUUUAGGGAUAAUGAAAUCACAGUCCCACCCCACUGCACGGGAGGAGAGGACUCUGCUCCCUUGAAGCCCCACCUUGGGGAAGGGGUGAGGGACUAGCUUCCCUCUAGAGGCCCUUCCCAACCCAAAAAUCCACCCCAAGUCAAUUAGCUAAACAAUUUAGAAAAAUCUAUCUCAUUCCCUACUAGAGAUAUGGGAAAGUCCCAAGUGUCAGGCCACUUCAAGUUCCUUGGGGGAGAGAACCUGGUGCAGCUAGAGAAGGGGUGAGCUUUAGACUGAGGCCUAACCAUAUACUGCCCUUGGGAAAGAUACAUUCUGUGUGCACUGCAGUAGAGACCCAUGCUGAGAGGGCAGCUGUGCUCCCACUUUGUCAAAACAACGGAGGGGGAAAAAAUACUGACGAUGCUGACACCAGCAUAGAGACUGUGUGCCAGCCUAUUGUGAGGGAUAAGUAGAAGCAAAGCCAGGAGCAGCAAUGGACUCGCUCUGAGAAACCAGACAUGACAAGAGGAGCUCUGGCGCCCAAAACUAUCUGAACAGAUGGAGUAAUGAGUGUGCAACAGCCUGAGAUCCAGAUACACCUUUUCUGGUUAGGAAGCAGCUGGUCUGAACUCAACAACCCUAUCUCAAGCAGUUCCCUCUGCUACAACUGGAAACUACAUCCAAUUCUCCUGUUUGUGCAGUGCUUGGAGGGUGAAAAGCACUAGCUGAGUGCUAGGCCCUCAGAAUAAAGCAUUUAAACUUCACCUGUAGGACUAGGGCACACAGCUGUAUGGCCAAAGCCUGCAUCUCAAGUCAGGGGCAUGCUUUCUAUCACCAUCUCCCCACUGCCUCCAGAGUAAAACACAUUCAAAGCUCUGUUUGCCCGUAAGCAGGAUGGAGCUGUCCCACGGGCUAGGGCCCUGUCCAUUGCCAUAAUGGCUGGGAGCAGCUCAGAGUUCACCGCUCUAAAGUGAAGGUGGGGAGUUAGGGUUCAGCCAAUUUCCGUUCUCAAUGGUUCUCUCUCUCUCUCUCUCUCAUCUAGAGGUGCAGUGACUAAUGCUGGGGUCCCAAGGGCAGCUCUCAGGAA